AUGUUCAGGAGGCUUCCACCUCUCAAGGGACUUUUAUCCAGAGUUUUGAGGCGAAAUCUCGUUCUUACAGCUGAUCUGCAACGUACACUGGGCAACUUACCCAAUUCCGGAGUUGUUGUAGUUGGUGGUGGUCAUGCAGGGUGUGAAGCGGCUACUGGGUCUGCCCGUAGUGGUGCGGCUACUGUUUUGGUUACUCCAGCGUUAGAUAAGAUCGGAACUUGUUCGUGUAAUCCGUCUAUGGGUGGUGUUGGUAAAGGCACUCUCUUGAGAGAAGUAGACGCUUUGGACGGAGUUGCGCCACGAGUUACAGAUCUGGCAGGGAUUCAGUUCAAAAUGUUGAACAAAAGUCGUGGCCCCGCGGUCUGGGGGCCCAGGGCUCAAAUCGAUCGUACCAUUUACAUGACAGAAAUGCAGAAAAUGCUCAAGUCGUACCCAAAUUUGAGCCUGAAGCAGGGGAAAGUCAAAGAUUUAAUUAUUGACACUAGCAGUGGUGGUUUGGAUUUGGAGAAAAGGACAUACGGUUCCGUUAAAGGCGUCAUUUUAGAAGACGGGAGUAUCUUGAAAACUUCCCAAGUUGUCAUCACCACUGGGACAUUUUUAAGCGCAGAGAUUCAUAUAGGUUUGAAAACUUUUCCCGCAGGAAGAAUUGGCGAAGAUCCAACCUACGGUAUUAGCAAAAGUUUUGCCCAAGCUGGUUUUAAAUUGGGUCGACUAAAGACUGGAACGCCUGCUCGUCUUGACGGGACUACUAUAAACUACGCACAACUCGAAGAGCAGCGUGGAGAUGAAAAUCCAUGGCCCAUGAGUUUCAUGAAUGAUGACGUCUCCAUCACAGAACAGAUCAUAUGCCAUGGAACCAACACCACACCCGAACUACAUGAUUACAUCAAAGCCAAUUUGCAUAAGGCUUUACAUAUAAGAGAAACCGUGAAGGGACCUCGAUACUGCCCUUCGAUCGAAGCCAAGGUUGUGCGGUUUGCUGAUAAAAUAUCUCAUCGUAUCUGGCUCGAGCCUGAGGGACUCGACACACAUGUGGUAUAUCCUAAUGGAAUAUCCAACUCGAUGCCAGAAGACGUUCAAGAAAAAAUGAUGAAAAUGGUACCUGGCCUAGAAAAGGUUGUUAUCAUCCAGCCGGCUUAUGGUGUUGAAUAUGACUUUGUUGACCCCACUGAAUUAACUCAAACCCUCGAAACAAAACUGGUGAGCGGGUUAUAUUUGGCAGGACAGAUAAAUGGUACAACAGGGUACGAAGAAGCAUGCGCACAGGGCGCGGUGGCUGGAAUCAAUGCCGGUUUAUCGAUGUUAGAAAAGCCACCUUUGAAACUGAUGCGUUCAGACGCUUACAUUGGCGUUCUCAUUGACGAUCUUAUUACUAAAGGCGUUGAAGAACCCUAUAGGAUGUUCACAUCGCGCUCUGAAUUUCGGGUGAGCGUUAGAGCCGACAAUGCGGAUUUUAGGCUCACGAAACUUGGACGCUCCCUUGGAUUUAUCAGCGACCACAGAUGGGCCAAAUUUUUGUCAGACAAAGCCAUUUAUGACAACCUCUUCGAAAAGCUUUCAGGCUUUGAACUGAGUGCGAAAAAAUGGGAUAAAACCCUAGGUAUUUCGGUGGCAGACGCGGCUCGUAAUCGCAGCGCCUGGGAAAUGUUUAGAUUCAAUGGUGUUAAGCUGGAACUCCUCUGUCAAAAGCUACCUGAAUUGGACAUUGAACUAAGAGAAAUUCCACGUCGAGUUCAACUUAAAGUCGACGUUGAAGCGAAAUACUCGCCUUAUGUCAAGAAGCAAAAUCAAUUUAUCAAAGCAUUUCAGGCCGACGAGAACAUGCUUUUGCCGAAAGGUUUUGACUAUUCAGCGCUUUCUGCUCUCAGUUCAGAAUGUAAAUCGAUUUUAAACAGGGUCCAGCCUGGUACGAUCGGUCAGGCUCGAAGAAUUCAGGGAAUUACACCAGCAUCUCUUUUUGAGCUUUAUAGGCUUGCCCGGCCCCAACAGAGGAUGUUGAAGUCCAAGUCUGAAACCUUCGACAUGCCAUCAGAAUAA